ACUGAGAGCGGUCCUUCUUUUUAUGAGAACACAUUCAGGAGACAGAUCGAAAUCAAAGAGGAGACGACGCAGAGAAUCGUUCUCAUCGAGAGGAACCUGCAGGUUACGCGCAGCUCGUGUUCGACAGAGUGAUCGUCGUGAAUCUGGGAUCCCACAGUGUGGGAAUGGGAAAUAAUGGAGGAUAAAGGCCCUCGUGUAGCCGACUACUUUGUGGUUGCCGGCCUCACCGACUCAUGCAAGCCUCUGGAGGAGGAGCUCCACUUUGACGAUGCCGGUACCAAAUCUGUUAAACCCAAAGCCCCCAUCACAGACGUAGCGGUGGUGAUCCGGUCCCUGGGCGAAGAGGUACCCCCGGGUUUCACCUGUGUGGAAAGCACCCCCUCAGGCCUGUCUGCGGAGCUCAAUGGAGCCAGCCUUAGGGGCCCGCAGAUCUUCUUGUGCUUCAAGCGAGGCAGAGAUAAGCCUCCACUGACAGAUCUUGGUGUUCUGUACGAGUGGAAAGAGAAACUGAAGUCUGGAUGUCACCUCGUCCAGACCACGCCCUCAGGUCGUCCUGCCAACAUCAGCAACUCGUCCUCCCAACGCAUCUACAUCACCUACCGCCGCGCCCCGAAGAGCCAGCCGCACACUUCACUCGCUGUCACCGAUGUCUGCAUCAUCGUCCCCGGCAAGGGGGAGAUACCCCCCCACACCUUCUGCAAGGUGGACAAGAACCUCAACAGCAGCAUGUGGGGAUCCUCAGUCUACCUUUGUUAUAAGAAAUCUCUGGCUAAAGCAAACACAAUUGCAUACAAAGCAGGUCUGCUGUGUAGGUACCCUGAGGAGGACUACGAGUCCUUCCCACUGCCAGAGUCAGUGCCUAUGUUCUGCCUGCCCAUGGGGGCGACGGUCGAGUGCUGGCCGGCACACACCAAACACUCCCUGCCUGUUUUCUCCACCUUUGUGCUGACGGGGGCCUCUGGAGGAAAGGUGUACGGAGCAGCCAUCCAGUUCUAUGAGCCCUUCUCAGAGGAGAACCUGUCUGAGCGUCAGCGCUCACAGCUCAGCCUGCCGAGCUCUGGCCUCGGACCUGACGAGACCAGAAGUGUUUACAGCAACAAGAGCAUCUGUCUGCUCUCCCAUUGGCCCUUCUUCCAGUCCUUCAGGAGCUUCCUCACUUUCCUCUACCGAUACUCCAUCUCUGGACCACACGCUCUGCCUAUUGAAAAACACAUCUCGCAGUUCAUGCAAAAUGUGCCAUUCCCCUCCAUUCAGAGACCACGCAUCCUCGUGCAGCUGUCUCCACAUGACAGCCUGAUACUGAGCCAACCUGUCUCCUCUCCGCUGCCUCUCAGUGGUGGAAGCCUCUCCACAUUGCUGCUGAAUCUGGGCCCGAAAAAUGCCGCCACUCUGCUGGUGCUGGCUGUAACAGAGCACAAGAUCCUGGUUCAUUCCCUGCGUCCGGCUGUACUCACCAGUGUCACCGAGGCCCUUGUGUCUAUGAUCUUUCCCUUCCACUGGCCGUGCCCCUACAUCCCUCUGUGCCCGCUGGCCCUGGCCGACGUGCUCAGCGCUCCCUGUCCUUUCAUCGUGGGCCUGGACUCCAGAUAUUUUGACCUUUACGUGCCCCCGUCUGACAUCAGCUGUGUGGAUCUGGACACCAACACAAUCUCCCAAAAAGAAGACAAGAAGGCUUUAACCUGGAAAAUCUUGCCCAGGAGAGCUUGUAAAUAUCUUCUGAACACUCUGAAUAAGCUCUAUCAGCAGCUCAUUGAGGGUGGUCAGGUGAGCCGGGAUGAUGUGCAGAUAGAGCACACAGUGACUGACAGUGAGCUCAACGGGGGGAAGAGCCUCCACACGCUGGAGCUGGAGAUCCAGGAGGCCUUCCUGCGCUUCAUGGCGGCCAUCCUACGAGGCUACCGCUCCUACCUGCUGCCCAUCACCCAAGCUCCCUCUGAGACGACCACAGACGCCAGCUCCCUCUUUGACCUGCAAGGCUUCCUGAAGAGCAGGGACCGCUCCCACCAGAGGUUCUACUCCCUGAUGAUCAAGACUCAAAUGUUCAGCCGCUUCAUAGAGGAGUGCUCCUUUGUCAGUGAUAAAGACGCCAGCCUGGCUUUCUUUGACGAGUGCGUUGAUAAGCUCUUCACCAGUGGAGGCAAGAUGGACAGUGAGCGGCCAGAGGACACCCGGCUGAUCGAACUGGAUGAAUCCCACCGCAGCGAGCACACGGUCUAUGUCAACCCCCCGGAACUGCCUCCACUGCCACAGGGAGAGGAGUAUCCCCUCUGCUAUAGCUACUCUGGGUUCCCUGUACUGAACGCUGAGCUCCUGGAGCCACUGGAGGGACAAAACCCUCCAUCAGCCCACGUGGCCUCUCGCCACAGCAGCCCAGCCAGCCCCACGGCCAUCUUCAGACGCUCCAAACAGGAGAUCAAAUCGGCUCAGAGGAUGGCCAAGACCUACUCAUCCAUACCUCAGAUGUGGUCCAAGUGUCUGCUGAGUCAUUGCUACGGCCUGUGGUUCAUCUGCCUGCCGGGAUUUGUCGGGACCUGUCACUCUAAAGUGCGCGCUCUGCGCACGGCUUACGACGUGUUGAGGAAGAUGCAGGAGAAGAAGCUGCAGGCUCCCGAUGAGGUGUGUUACCGUGUGUUGCUGCAGUUGUGUGGUCAGUACAGUCAGCCUGUCCUGGCCGUCAGGGUUCUGUUUGAGAUGAAAAAGGCAGGAGUCCAACCCAAUGCCAUCACCUAUGGUUACUACAACAAGGCGGUGUUGGAAAGCACGUGGCCCUCCACCACCAGAGGAGGCUACUUCCUGUGGGGAAAGCUCAGAAACGUGGUACUCGGCGUGCUCCAGUUCAAGCAGGCAGGGAGAAAACAGCCGACUCCACACAGAGAUCCACAGCUUUCAGAUGGCAGUGAUCUGGACACCGUCAGUCACGGGAGUUUGGACAGUACUAAUGACUCUGCCGAGCGCACGUCCAUCGACACCGACUUCACCAAAAUGGACUCCAGUGAUGACGGAUUCAGUACAGGUGGACAGUCAGACCAAGGUUACGAUUCCCUUUCGAAAGAGGAGGAGAGGAUGUGCGGCCGGGAGAGCGACAGCACGCCGCCGGGAGAAGACAAAGGGCCGAGGCAGUCCACAACGGAGCUCGAGGUUCCAAACAGCAGCAGCAUUUCAACUUCUACUCAAAGUUCAAAAUCCCCAGACGCCAACUCAGGUAAUGGCAGCAGGCUGGUUUCGAGUCCAUCAGGCGACACCGUUCUGUGUGGAGCUGUGUCACAGACAGAGAGGCCAAAAUCUCUCGACCUGUCUGAUGGACUGGAAACCCUGAGGUUCAGUGUGCCUCAUCUGGGCUCAGCCAAGCAGCAACACCUCGCGGCUGACAGGCUGCACGGAGUAGAAGAGGAGGAGCUGGAGACUGAUAAACACAAGCCUCUGGUGGAGAGGAGUGUGAGCUGCAGCGGAGUCGUGGAGAGGUCAGACGUCUCCGUGGAGAGGAGCGUCAGCUUCAGUGCCGGGACUGUGAGGAGGACAGGUAUACAGACAGGGUUUGACCCCCUGUCACUGAUGGCGACAGAGACUGUACAAGAGUGUGACCAGGACGACUGCAGCACGCCAACCACUCGCCGCAACCUGGCUAAGGAGAUUGAGACGUACAUGAGCAGCUGCAGCAGCCCCCCGAGCAGCCGCACACCCACCAUGGACCUGCGGAACCCCUCCAGCCCCUCGUUUGGAUCCAGUUCCUCUCCUCACACCUCACCGGGACCCUCCACUCUACUGCGCUCCAACACGCACCUCCCGCUGCCCGUCAAAUCCAAGGAGAGGCUGAGACCGUCGCCCUCUCUUCCUCUGGGUAUCUGUAACAUAGACAGAGAGAGGCCUUCCUCAUUGGUGUCGCCCUCAUCACCCACUCCCUCCACCUCAUCGUUCUCCAUGGACUCUCUCUUUACGCCGACACUGGACAUCUUCAAAAGCAGCGUCAUAUCGGCAGGGAAAGGCGUGGCUGAGAAGGCCAGCCGCUUUUACUCUCGUCUGUCUUCCCAGACUUCAUUGACACAGGAUUCCAACUGUGACCGCAUCAGUGUCUCGUCUCUGACGUCAGCGGAGGCCGACUGCUCCUCGCUGCUCGAUAGUGACUCCUGCCUGGACCCGGAUGGUUUCACGUCCCCCCAGCACGGCAGCAUGUCCCGACUCAGGAGGAGCCCGGUUGUGGGCCACGCUACCCUGAGCAGCCCCAGCACACCCAACAGAGUGUUCAGACACAACUCCUUCUCUGGUGGUUUGGCACUUCCCUCUAGAACUCCUCACACUCCAGAUUCCUCCCCCGACACCAGCCGCUUCCAGCCCUCUCCCAAUUAUACCAUAGAGGUGCAGAUGUCCAGUUGUUCGCUCUGUAAGACCUGUGACUGUCUGGUGUAUGACGAGGAGAUCAUGGCUGGCUGGACGGCAAACGACUCAAACCUCAACAGCACUUGUCCCUUCUGCGGCACGGCCUUCCUACCUUUCCUCAACGUGGAAAUAAAAGAUCUGAGACCAAAGAGCAGGUCCUCUAAAGAAAGUAAUCCUGUUAUAGAGGAGGACACGUCUGCAUCACUCAAUCCUGAAGCCAAAAUGUCCAUGACUGACUGUGCGGCUCAGUCAUCUGCAGCUCCCUCGCAGAGACAGGAGAGCAGUGGGAGUGCUGGUAAGGCAGCGCCAUCCUCCGCUCCAGUUACAGUGCCCUACCUCAGCCCUCUGGUUCUGUGGAAGGAGCUAGAGAGCCUGCUGGUGAACGAGGGCGACCAGGCCCUCUCCUCCCUGAGUGUUGUUGACCAACACCCCAUUGUCUUCUGGAACCUUGUGUGGUAUUUCAGACGGCUCGAGCUGCCAAGUAUCCUGCCGGCUCUUAUCCUGGCCUCCCAGCACUGUCGCCAGGGUGACCAGACUCCUCCCAGCGUCUCAUCAGACGACAGUAAGCAGGUGCUUGUGAGGAUUAUGUGGGACAACCUGAAGCUGCACCAAGACAGAGUUCAACCCUGUUACGUCCUGUGGAACUCACACUGUGCCAACUCCCUGGUUCGCUCGGGGCUGUGUGAGGAGGGCCAGCUCUUCACUGUGGAGCUACUGCAGGGUUUUGUGAGGAGCACUAAGAAGAGUGAUGUCUAUCAGCCCAUGAGUCAGAUCCUCCAGCUGCUGGGGCCGGAGCUGGGUUUCAAGAGACAGAGGAGCCUCUACAGAGAUUUACUGUUCCUUGCUCUAGUGGCUUUGGGAAAGAACAACAUUAAUAUAGAUGCUUUUGACCGGGAGUACAAGUUGGCAUACGACCGCCUCACACCAGACUUGGUUAAACUGACGCACAACUGCGACCGGCCCCCUGGACCAGGGGUCAUGGAGUGCAGGAGAACAUUUAGGGAGCCCAGCCUGUAAAUGAUGUCCCUUCUUCUUUCCCAGGAUGUUUCCUCCUCAACCCUGGUCACUGCUUCUUCUUUCUGCUCUUUUAUUUUGGACUGAUCUUCAGACUCAGGACCAUCUCACCUGACUGAGGCACUGAGCUCUUUAAAGCACAACUGCUGAAUUACACUUAAUGUAAAGCAACUGCACCAAGGUUCUUCUACUGUUAGCCCUGAGAGACAAGAUGGGACAGUACUUGUGUUUGUAAAUACUUGAAAUUCCACUGUUUUUUCAGUAUAACUAUAGACAGUUAUAUAUACAGUUAAUAUACAGUCUAUUUUAUGACUUUUAAUUCCUGUUAAAGCUGUGAGUAAUUAUUUCAAAGUAUAUGAUCACAUUGUCAAAGUUCUCAGUGGUCCUGGUGACCUUGUUAAGACUGUUGUUGAGUAUGUGUGUUUGUGCAAUUUGUGCGUGCGUGCGUGCGUGCGUGCGUGUGUGUCUACAGUAUGUACCUAGCUUUUAGAGAUUCAUGUUUUUACAAAGCACUUUGACGAGAUGAGCUCUCGCUGUUCAUUUUCAGAAACGUGACUCUGUGGCCAAGCAGCCGACACUUAAGUGACUUUUCUGUUUGGCAGCUGCAGGACUCAUUGUGCUGUCAGAUGUUUCCAUUACAUGCAGUUCACUAAAAGCAAAGAAAUUCCUCCUGAUCUCUGCAUCUUGUGAAGCCGACAGGGUCAUGUCCAUAUGCCUGAGUACACUUAAAUAUCUAAACAUUUGAAAACAGAAAUUCUAAUUCAAAAAGGGAGAACUCAAUUAAUUUGAAUUAUUUGCACAAUGUUUAUUCAUGUAUAUUUUUUUGUACAAUGUACCAAAAGAGCCUAAAAGGGGAGUUAUACUUUACGUUUAAUUUUAAUGCAAUACCUUGUUUUUUUAAUGAAGAAUAAAUAAUUUGUGUUAUAUGGGACCAUCAAGGAUAAAUUUCCUUAAAAACGGUACAAUCAAACUAUAUCAGACAAAUAAAAUACAAGUUUUUGUUGCUUUAAUCAACACACGUUUUGAUAGAGAUUCAUGUAUUGACCUAGUAACAGAUUUAUGAAAUUGUACAGAGUAUUUGAUUCUAGUAUUUUGUAAUGUUUUUUUCUGAUCUUCACUCUGUUGUAGAUGUCAGUUUUAGACAUUUGGACAACAGUGCACAGCUAAUGGUCAUUUUAACUACUUAAAAUAAAACUGACUGUUGAAAAAGGUUAAUAGCAGAUGACAAUGCUGAACUCUUUGCACUGAGCAUCUAAAGAACUGUUAAUGUGUCAAAGGUGUUAAGUGUGAUCGACAGCUCUGACCUUCCCUGAUUCAAGAGCACGCUCAACAAUGAGUGUGUUUAUUCACUGUGUUGAUAUUGUCUCUCACUAUAAAUACCCUGCUGUCCUCAGUGUGAUGCAGCUGCACAGCUCAGAGCUGAACUUCACAGUUACUCAUAAUGAUACGAUGCUGGAUUAGAUGCAGCUCUGUGUUGGGAAUAAACACCAGUCCCACUGGGGCACAUUUGCAUUUUAACCACUGUCUAAAUUGUAACCAGAAUCAAGAAAAUACUGAUGACCAAAACAUCGAUCGAUGUCUACAUGUUGUUUACACUAUU